AUGAAUCUGUACCUCUCACUACGACUCUUCAACCGCGUGGGAUACCGAGCUCAGUCCAAGCUAGUUUCACAACAGUGCCGUAACUACUCCCAAUGGAAUGCACCUGCAAAAUUGUCGAAAGAAAACCAGGAGUGGCCUUGGUCUGUCGAAACCUCCGCCCUCGCGGCGAUCUACACCCUUCCGUCAGCUUUGCACCUAUUCACUGGAUAUCUCCCACAGUAUGCUCUCACAGUUUCUGGCACGAGACACCAGCCUAUCUGGACAUGUGCUGCAUCGCUCGAUGGUCAGAUGAUUGGUUUGGGAGAAGGUCGGAGUAAAAGGGUUGCGCAAGACGAAGCAGCCCGUCAGGCAAUAAUCAAUCUCCAAACGCAGUUCCCGUAUGAGAUCUAUGGGAUUCAGGCCCAUCAUAGUCCACGAGCUAGAAAAUCCAUUUUCCAACAAUUCUCCAAGAACCUCGAACAAAACUCAACCUGA